CCGAGAAGAGAAGUUGUCUGUCUUGUUUAUCGCUUGUCUUACAAAUCGACACGACCCACGCGAGUAGAGUCAACAAUAAUAAUAACAAAACUAAAUCGUACGUAAAUUAUUCUUGUCCUAUUUAAUUCCCCGCUGUUUUUGAUCUCUAGCGGUGUACUGAAAAGAAAGCGUAGUUAAGCGAAACCAUAUAUACACCAAAGUCUAUAAGAGUAUAUUCGCGUUAUCUAAAUAAAAUAAAGAUAUAUUGUAUAACAAUACGUAAUAAAGAUUCCUAUCGCAAUUUCCAUAAGUAUUGUAUAAUUGUGAAAGUUAUUGGCAUUCUUCGACGUGUGUUUGUUUAUGCGUGAGAUCGUUUAUCCAGUGUACAUACAUUGCAGCACGCUACCGGCCGGCGUGUUAUGAAAAGUCCUUUGACAGUUAAAAGACCCAAGCAUCUAGUAGGAUCCGGGACAUAAUCAAUCCUUUCGGAAGCUCUCGAGGCUUGCUGCAGGCUGCACAAUGAGUCAUGGGAAGAAUUAUAAUCGAGGAGUCAGUCUUGCCAGUCCACCGUUCUACGACCUGGAUCUACGCACCCGUGGUACAAUGGGGUUCAUGAAUUCACCGUCCCGUCAGCAACCUAGUCCCGCCAAGAUGCCAUGGCAGUGCGCUACGAGGUCCGGAUAUUCCAGCGUCAGUCCUCCGGGAACAUCAUCCUCGGGUAGUAGUGCAACUUCUCAGUGUUACGGUAGAUCACCGGACGAUCUCAGUGUCGAUAACCUUAUAAACAGUCUCCUGCAUGCAGUUAACACCGAUUGUUUUGCCACAUGCGGACCUUGCGACUCCCGUCGUGCACCAGGUUUGACACUUGGUCUCCCCAGGUGUCGUGACUGCACGGAUACACCCUGUGACUCCUGCCUAGCCUGCCAGCAGAACCGCCUUGGUGGAAAUCUCCUGCUUGAAAAUCCUGGGGGACACUCCAAUCCUGUGGAGAUUCUCAGCCCUCCAUUGGUACAUGUUGCCGGAUCACCACCACCACCCAGUACGGCGUUCUAUUGCGAGAUACAUCGCGAUGCACAGAGAUAUUAUUGUCAAACCUGUAGCCGGCCUCUUUGUGGUGAUUGUGGUACGCAUCAUCAUCAUGGACAUAUUACUAUCCAUCUGGUGGAAGCUGUCGAAGGGGCUGCGGUUCAGGCCAAUCAAGUUAUGAGCGAAGCAAGAUUGGGGAUAACUGCUUUGAGAGAUGAUCUCGAUGCAGUCCAAGUAGCUGCUGAGACAUUAGAGCAAAAGGCACGUCAGGCUACGGCUGACGUAAUGUUAUGCGUGAGAAGAGUAGCUUCUGCUUUGGAAGCAAGAGAGAAAGAUUUGCUCGGAAGAAUCGAAAAGGCACGAUUGCUGAAAUUCGCUGCUCUUAAGGCACGUGAUGAGGGACUCAGACACGGGAUUGCACGACUCUCCAGAGCAAUGGAUAAAUUGGGAGAGUCUAUGGAAGCAUCAACAUUAUCAAGCAAUCCAUUAGACCUGCUGGUUACCAAAGAUAUGGCUUCUGCUGAGGUGUUUCAAAUUCGUCAGACUCGCCAGAACCUGCCACCGCCAGAAGAAAAUUGGAUCUCGUUCACAGGUCCUGAAGGAGCUGUAGUACACGCCAUCGCAAAUCUGGGAUCCAUCGUUGUGAACAAUCCUGGACCAAUCGGCGAUCGCCGUGCGGUUCGUGGUCGCGGAAGUUCACCUCAAAUAUAUCAGCAACCAUCUCAGAUGAUUCCAUUGGGUCCUGUUCCUCGAGGAAGACCAAUACCACUGAGUACCUUUCCCGUGACUGUCCGCACUGGUCGUGGAAAUGGCAACAAGUUACCAAUCAAAGUGAUCGGCAAUGACGGUGAUGCGCGAGAAAAUCUCUGCAGACCCUGGGGCGUUGCUUGCGAUAAGGACGGAAACAUCAUCGUCGCGGACAGAUCAAAUAAUCGCAUUCAAAUCUUCAGACAAGAUGGAAGCUUCAUUCGGAAGUUUGGUACCCAUGGAACAGCACCAUGUCAAUUCGACAGACCUGCUGGCGUCGCCGUUGACGGUCGACGUCGCAUAAUCGUCGCAGACAAGGACAAUCAUCGCAUCCAAGUCCUCACUAUGGAGGGUCUUUUCCUACUUAGCUUCGGAGAAAAAGGCUGUCGCUGCGGUCAAUUCAACUACCCCUGGGACGUCGCCGUAAACUCAGAAUGCCAAAUUGUCGUAUCGGACACGCGAAAUCAUAGAGUCCAAUUAUUCAGCGCUGAGGGUAUCUUUCUACGUAAGUAUGGAUACGAGACAACACCAAGUAUGUGGAAACAUUUCGAUUCACCACGUGGAGUCGCUUUUAAUCCCGAGGGCAACGUUGUCACAACUGAUUUUAAUAAUCACCGUGUAGUCGUGAUUGAUUCUGAUUUUUUAAACGCUAAAGUCCUCGGAUGCGUUAGCGGCGCAAACACAUCCGGCAAUAGUGGUACUAAACAGUUUCUGAGACCUCAGGGUCUCGUCAUUGACGACGAAGGCAACAUCAUUAUUGCCGAUUCGAGGAAUCAUCGUAUUCAAAUAUUUGAUUCGGCCGGUACGUUUAAGUGGAAAUUUGGCAGCUAUGGAAAGGGUCCUGACGAGAUGGACCGUCCAUCUGGUAUCACAUUAAGUCCUGAUGGCAGAAUUGUGGUUGUUGAUUUUGGCAAUAAUCGUGUUCUACUGAUCUAAUUUCCAUAUAUCAGUAUGAAUGUGUCAUCUUGGAUCACACUUGAUGUUUCCAAUAUCACAAAACACGUUUAAGCCUCCAUCCACUACUUCAAUUAUUAUCAUUACUACACUGAAACUAUUACUACUACUACAUUAUUAUUAUUAUUAUUAUUAUUAACUAUUAUUAUCUUAAAAAUUAUUUUUAUUAUUAUUACACAAGACUUCUGUUCGAGCGUUUCGAAUGCUCGCAGAUUCUUGAAUUGAAAGGAAAGACCAAAUUAACGAGAUUAUUUCUCUGCAUUUUUCUAAUGAAUGAAAGGACUGACUUGCUUAUCACGUUGGCAUCUAUAUUUUCAAAGAUACCAACGCGAGACGUUUAAAUAUUUUUACUUGGUCCAUCAACAUGGAUACGAGCGGUGAAAAAUCAAUUAGAAUAUUCCUCACCAAUGGCAUGAGUUCGGUUUUCGUUGUUUGUUUCCUAAGGUUUUUUUUUUUGUAAUUACCCAAUAACUAUAAUUCCUUUCGACAAUUCGAGUUAAAUCGAAGAACUGACGGUUCAUUCGUUCGUUCUUUUGUUUCUUUGUGUGAAAAAAGCGAAACGAAAUACACACAAUUUUUAUCUUUUAUUUAAAUUUAAAUGAAAAAGCCGUUCCAAACGAGACAAUUGUCUGAAAGCAUGGGAUGCGUAUUGCUUUUGCUUCCCCUUUAUGUGAAUUUCUUUUUCAUGAAUACAUAAAAAAGAUGGCGCUGUGUACCAAAAUUCGAUGAAUGAUCAAUAGAUCAUUGAUUAAUAUUUCAUAUAAUUGAUACGCGUAGAGUAUAACUUUGCACGUGUUGAUUAGGAUCAGCAGUUAGGUCCGAGAGAUGAUUCUCAAUUUUUUAAAGACAAUGUUUUCAUUAUAGGUAAUAUAACUUUAAAUACGGCUCCAUGGAGCAAAAGAUUUGUUUUUGUUCCCUUUUCUUAAAUAUCUAUUUUUCCUUUUAAGUUAUCAGAGUGCUAACAAGCUAAAUUCUUUUCCUGCUGGCGAUUAUUAUGCUCUUUAAAAAAUUUCUUAAUCUGGUGCCUCACGUUUAAAAUACACUUUCGUUAUUUAAUUUACUUAAUUUUUUUCUAACUUUUCAAGGCAGUUUUCAUAUAUAAAUAAUUUUUACCCUCUCUUCUCCCAAGCUUUCAUUGGUUCAUGUUCGUACUUUUCGAAUCGAUAUGAUCGUCGAUCUAACAAUGCGGUCGACGAUAUCGAAAUCGGUUGAUUAUACCCCCAACGCCCGGGUGAUCCUGUGAUAACAGUCUAGAACGAGCGAGCGUUGGAAUUUUCUGAUUAAUGUACAUGGAAAUUAUAUAGAAAAUGAGUCUUCUUAUUCAUUCGAUUGGACGAUCUACUAUCAUAUAAUAGCGAGACAAAUGUGUAUGUGAACGCGCAGACGCGCGCGCGCAAUUACACACACACACACACACACGCACACACAAUUUCUUGAUCAAAUAUUUUUUGGUACGAAUAGUCUAAAAAAGAAGGUAGAAAAAUUAACAAGAGCCCCCCACCCCUUCCCCUCCUACCGCUGUUACUUAAGUAUAGUAGAUGUGGGAAAAGCUUGUAAUGGCCGAGUCUUUUUACUAUUAUCGUAACCUGUGUUCUGACAUCUUAUUUUUUCUUGUCUUAUUAUUAAUGUUAUUCUAUAAUUGAUUAUCAAUUAUUCUUCUCACUGCGUAUUAUCACCUUCGAGAUUUAUAUACUCUGAGGCCGCAAAAAAGGAUUAAUAAGGGACUUCUAUGUGUAGUAAUUAUUUUAUCCCUCUUUCCCCGUUUCGUAAGGGGACUAAAACGCGUAUAUUAAUAAUUUAAGGGAGUGAUGCACAAUUUCCACAUCAAAGGGCAAAUUGGUGGUGUAGCAAUGGUGACAAGGGAGAGAGAAAUAGAUUGAGAGAUAUAAGCAGACUUAAGGAAUGAAUAAAAGAAAAGAGGAAAACGCAGAGGGAGACAGAGAGAGAGAGAGAGAGAGAGAGAGAGAGAGAGAGAGAGAGAGAGAGAGAGAGAGAAAGCGCGCUGUUGUUUCCCCAAUGUAAAUCCUGCUAUGCUAUGAAAAACUUGAUAGCGCCAUUAUCAUACGAUACAAGAAUUAACGAAAAUUUAUUUCAAAUGCAUGUACACAAUUAGUUUUCAUUACACGUUAUUACAUACACGAUAAAUGUAAAUGGCGUGGUGACACGUGGGAUACAACGUACACGCUCAUUGUUCCAUUUGCGCUUUUUAUAAUAUUUUUUAUUGUGACGAAACAAAGAGAAAUAUUGAUUGCAUCCACACAGUAAGACUGAACCAAGACUGAAUAAUAUGCAAAGUUCUGUUGUAUGUUGUCCAACACAUUAAAGAUGAUUGAAUGAGAGAUGAUGAAGAUGAAAAAAGAACUAUAAUAAUCAUAUAUAAUUGUAUAUAAGGAUCUUUAUUAAGGAUAUUACAUGUGGGCCAUCCAAGUUGCAUUCGUAUCUGAUGUCCGUUUUCUGGACCUUUUGAGUAUAUAAUAAAUAAAUAAAUAAAUAUAUAUAUGUGUAUAUAUAUAUAUGUAUAUGUAUAUAUAUAUUUAUGGUGAGGCUGAGAGUGAAAGAGAGAGUGAGAGAUAUCGAGACAGAGAUUUUGAGAAUAGGAGAAAAAACGUAUACUUUUGUAUGUGAACUUCAACGUGAUAAUAGCAUUUUAUUUGUUAUUUUCUUUUAAUUUUUUUUUGCUUUCUUUUUGGGGAAGUUUUUAAACCGUCAGCUGCUUCGCUACUUUUUAACUAUCCUUGGCUGUUUUCCCCUAUUUGAGUGAAAGACACGAAAUUAGAUGAUUUACAUAACAAUCGAAGUUUUUCUUCUAUCGAAUAGAGGAUACUUGAAAUUCUCAGACUUAGACGAUGCUGUCUUACUAUUUCUUUUUUGAAACCUCUAUUUUGACAACCUUUUUACAUUUUCAUAUUUGAAACUUGGUUCCGUCCUUUGUUUCAUUUCUUCAGCCUUUUUUUAUAUUGUAGCACUUUCCUCCCUUUGAUUUUUUUGAGAGCGAAUGCAUUGACGGUACCUUAAAGAAUUUACCGACAUCGAGACGUUUUAUUCUCUAAUCCAGCUGACACUUCGACAGAUUUAAAGUUAUUCUCCAAUGUCGCACUCUUGUUUUUUACGGUUAGAAUUUAAAGAUACGCAAUGUCUUGCUCAAGAAUUACCAUUAUUAUAUCAUUAUUACCCUCCCUCCCCUUCCUUUGUACCUACAGUCAACGUUAACCUAGUCACACUCCAAAUAGAUUUUUGAUAGAAAGUGAAACUAACCACUAACGAGAUUUCGUUUAUGCUAUACGAGAUCAGGUAUCUUGGUUUCUUCUAUUUCUUUUGUGUAACUCACGCGAGGAUACUUAUGUUUGUCGACGUCUGUAUUGCAAAAAUAUUUCGUUAGUUUUCUAUUCGCACACAAUUGUUGCACUAUUUAAUAUCAAAAAUUUGUUCAUAAGGAUUCUUCGAGUACUCGAACUUUCCAAAAAGUGUAAUGAAAAUCACUUUCCACGAUUAACGUAAAAGCGACAAUGGCGCGAUCGUUCAUAAUAAAUCGGUUUCUAUUCUAAGUCUUCGUCGUGUCGCCAAUCAUAUACCAUAACCUAAAAAGCGAGCCAAAUAAAUGAUCCCUUUUAGUUUUUAUUUGACUAACGCUACAGUGGGCGCGUUCGGGGUUUGAAUGAAAAAGAAAAUACAAAUCGUAGACACGAUACUCGAUAUUCCUUAUUAUGAUUUAUUUAUUUUGUAACGUUCUUAAGUGAGCUUUAUCAAGGGCCACAUCAUAAUGUCGAUCGAUCCAAUGAAUAUAACAAUCGACGGAUUUCAAUGUUUAUAAUACAAGUUAAAUGAUUAAAAUUUGUAUAGUUUCAAGUUCCAAAGCCCGAACGCUGUUCAACGCGUAAGAAUUUCGAAAAUGUGUGAUUUUAUACAUUCGGACGCAUGCGCACAUGAUACACACGUAUACGUAAGCGAACAAAAUUUCACACUACUAAUGUAUGUACACGUGUACAUGCACGCACUGUAAGUUUAAUUAUUACAAUCGAAAGGUAGGUGCGUGCGAUUACAUGUUUAAUGAUUUUCGUAAAAAUUUGGUUAGCGCGCAAAAAAUUCUGUGCAACAAGAAGAUGGGCAAUCAGCGAUCACGCGUUAUCGGAAUGCCUAUCACAAUGUACAAAGCUAACUUUUAGGUUGGCAAAAUUAUUAGGAGAGUUUUUCAGUAUGAUUGAGAGACAGAGAGUGAUAGUGAAAGUGAGAGUAAGAGUAAGAAUAUAAGGUAGAUAAGGAGAGACGCGCAAGUUGAAAGCUAUCGAAGAAGAGUGCAUGUGAUAUAAUUGUAGUAGAGAAAUGUUAGCGCGAAAGAUAAUGGGAAACAAGAUAAAGAAGAAUGUGAGAUAGAAUGUAAAGGUAAAAAAACGAUAAAAACUAAAUGAUUGUUGUGUGUACUCGAGGGCAAGAGAAUGCAAAAAUAAUUGAAAUGAUGAAAACUUUAAAGAGAGAAUGAGAGAGAAAUCGAAGUAAAAGUAAAUCAUUGUAAUAGUCAUUGCAUGGUGCAUAUAAUGCUGAAGGAAUACGUACGUACAUUAUAUCUAUUCGGAGAAUUGUGUACGAUUCAUUAAAAACCGUUUAGCCUGCCUCUAAAACUCGUAAUGUUGUAGAAGUAAUAAAAUUAAUUGAGAUAACUAGAGUUUAUUAAUAUUAAGGAAAGUCGUCAGCUACCAAAAUGAUGAAAUUAUUGUUAAACCGCGAGUCCCUAUAAAAGGGCGCACCGGUUUGUUUGCAUCGCUUCUUCGUUUCGUGUGAGUGACAUAAAAACUCUCUAAAGAAUUGGAAAAGGGGAGAAAUUAUGAAAAUAAUUUUUAAAAAACACAAAACGAGAGAGAGAGAGAGAGAGAGAGAGAGAGAGAGAGAGAGAGAGAGAGAGAGAGAGUGUAACUGAAGAGUUAAAAAAGGAGGAUUUAGGAUUAUAUAAACGGAGUAAACUGAGGAUUUAGGAUUGUAUAAACGGAGUAAACUGAGCAAUACAAAGUCGCCACAACAGGUGUGCUACCGUUACGAGCAUAAGGGAAGUAAGAGGAGAAGAUUUUUUUGUCCUUACUUUUUGAUCUUUCUUUUUUUCUUUGUUUGUUACGCAACACCCUCUCACGGUGCGUGAUACAUAUAUAAUUAUAUAUAUCGUGCAUAUACAGAUAUUCAUAUAUCCAGCCUCUUGGCUGUGAUUAUGUUUCCCGAUUAGCCACUCUCUUUCUUAUUUUAUACGUAUUAGAUAGAAAGAUACUGAAGAAGCGGAAGCCACAUUGUCGUAUCUCUCCCAUAAUAAUAAUAACAACCUCAACAAUAACAACAAAAAUAAUAAUAUUGUUCUCGAGAUGAAUGUUAUAAAUAAUUUAUAUGAUCGCCAGAGCUUUGUCAAUCUUAAUGAACAAUUGGAAUAAUCGGGUUGGGACAAUGCGACGUGGUAAGUCGUAUAAUUAUUAUUGCAACUAUUAUAUUAUUAUCAUUAAUAACGCUACCCUGCUGCUUGCUUGUUGUCGUCGUCGUUGUUAUUAUUAUUAUUAUUAUUAUUAUUUCUAUUACAUUGAUAAUUUUAUUAC